UCAGAGGACUUUUUCAUCAUAAUUAGCAAGCUCAGUAAGUCUAUCGUAUGUAUUUUUAUCGAGUUUUAUACUUCUAUUUUCAUAGUAGAGUUUUAUGUAAUUUUCUCAAUUUUAAAUUCUCGCUCUCUCCUUAAUUUUUGCUAAAGGUAAGUGGGUAAUUGGCCAACAUGGAAGAAACUAAUUAUGUAACUACUGUUGUAUCCUUGCAUUUUUCAAUUUAAAUUUUGUGUAUUUUUAUCUUUGUUCUUUUCUCUUUCUAACUUCCUCUGAAAUUUCAUCCAUCGUGCAAUAGUUUGCGCCUUUCACUUCCUAGUAUAGGACUGUCAUUGAAAAUCAAUCUUCAGGUAUCUCUUGGCACUACGGUUUUAUUGUUGGGGAUUUUAAGCUGGGCGAGAAGAAGAUUUCAACUCCGAUAUCAAUUCAUGGCGAAUAGAAUGGAGUACAUCAAUAACUGAAGUUGUAGAAGGAAGAUUAGAAAUUGAAUUUUUGGUUGAAUAUAUGCCUCUUGAGAUAGAAAUUUGGUUGUACAACGGAGAGUGGUGGCUAUUGGAUCUUUAGGUUUAUGGUUUUUGCAACUGUCAUAACUUAUUUCUAUCUUAAAACGAGGAAUCAUUGAUUGAUUGUUUGAAAUAGGUCGCUUCUUUAUUCAACCUACUGGAACUAAUAGAUAAGGAGUGUCUAAUUUUGCGCCUUAUUACUUUGAUCGAGUCUAUUCAUAUAUUGGAGAUAACCCUGAUUUUUUCGUUUGCUCUCAAGUUGUGAUGGUCCCCUCUUAGCUGAGUUUUUAGUAUAUAGAUGACUUGAAUCAACAACUCUUCAUUUCUUUUUGAUUAGUUACAUAUUGUUUCUAAAAGGAGAGCAUUGAACCCUUUAUAUAGGAUUGUGAGGUUUAAGAUUUAGUUUCAAACUAUCUAUGGGUUGUGUGAGAAUUUCAGUGAGCUUUUAUACUCUAUAUUUCUUGACUGUCAAAGAAAACUAACCAAUAGCAUUUUAACAGGGACUUAAUUAGCAUUAUGAAAAUGGGGUCAAUGAUACAUUUUUAUAUUUUAUAUUCUUAAAUGAUUAUGAUAUUUCUCCGAAUGUUCGACCUAUAUAUUAUUUCUUUAUGUAUCAUCUUCGAUCGAAUGAUUAUCAAUAAGAUUAAACGGGUUAAUAGACUUAAAAGUAACAUAAAAAUACAAAUAAUCAAAUAUGAGCAUUCCGACCAAAGGGCCGGGUUAUAAGCUAGUUGAUAAAACUAUCCUUAAAUCAAUAUUUAUCAUUGCUUCGAACACACAUAUAUGUAUCUCUAGGGAUCACAAUGGAUCGGAUCGAAUCCAUUAAUGAAGUAGCAACUAGGAGUAUCGAUCUAUUGAUGAGGAAGAGUUUUUGUUGUUUUUUCUUUAUUUGAACAUUUCGAGUCUUCGUCUGCAAUCAAGGAGAACUAACUACUCCUUAUGAAUUCGAAUUUAGUACGACAAACAAAGUUAACCCAUUCCAAGCAUACCAUAGCUCAAUCUGUCCAGGGGCGGACCUAGGCACAAGGGAGGUGUGUCAUCUGACACACCUCCGCCCGAAAAUUUUGUGAAAGACCUCUAAUUCGUCGGUACUAAAAUUUUGAUCUCGGGAUUUCCGACACACCUCUGAUCAUUGUAUCCGACACAACUCCAUUGUGUUUAUGGAAAUUUAUUGUCAUAAGUUAUCAAAAUAUAUAAAUAUAAGUUUAGACUAGCGUACGUCCGACCACCGUACGGCAAUUGGGUUUUGCUAUUAAGAUAAAUAAUUAACCGGACUUUGGGGCAUGAUCCUAUAUCCUAACCUCUAAUGGGUGAACCCCAAUCCCUAAUUUUCUAAACCAAACUGCAAAAUUUGGUCAAUCUUAAAAUGAAACUCAACAAUAAUUUCGACGAAUCAGAAUCAUUAAUUUUCAUUUUUCAAGAUUAAAUGAAUCUUAUGUUAGGUUAGUGAAUUGGGGAUUGCGGUUCACACAUUGGGGGUUAGAGUAUAAUAUCAUUGUUUAUAAAUGAUUGUUAAGUUGUGUAUAUUGAAAAACAUUUGCUUUGCAGCAUAAGUGAUGAAUGUAUUUUAGAGACAUUUCAGCAGAUGAAAAGUCGUCAUGAUUCGUUGUAAAAUGACAUUGUGAACUUCAUAAAUUAAUUUCUUUUAAUUUCUACUUAAUUUUUUUAUUUAAUUAUUAUUCUAUGUUAGCGGCGACACACCUCUCCAACAAUCCUAGGUCCGCCACUAAAUCUGCCGAACAGCGAGAAUGAAGGAAUUGGAAGGGCCCCGGUAUUUUUUUUUUCUUUCUUAAAAAAGAGAAAGAGAGUGGGUGAGAUAUGAAAAAUUAAUCAAGCCGACACGAGAGAUAGCCGGCUGGGUGCCGUUCUGGAAGAGAUUGGUCAUCAUUUUCGCUCUCAGCCUGGCUUUGGGGUGCGUUUUGUAGGUCGGGAGAACAAUAGGGUAGCUCAUUUGGUAGCUAGACAAUAGGGGUGGCUAUUUGGACCGGGACCGGAUUAAAAACCGGAAACCGGACCGUAUAACCCGGACCGAGACCGGACCGGGACCGGAUAGUAAACAAUUCAAUCCAAUCUUUGGGCUUAGAUUUGAGGUAAAAAAACCCGGAUAAAGACCGGAUAAGAGAGCUCAACACCCAAAACUUAAGGGUAAUUUGCAUAAACGGUCACAAACCUUUGCACUUAGUACAAAACUUAACCAACUCCUCACCCUUUAAGGCCUUAGGCCACUCAAAUCCCACAAUCUCAAUGUAAAAUCAAGACCGAAUUGGGGCCGGACCGGAUCAAGACCGGACUGUAUCCAAUCCAAUCUUCGGUCCUUAUAUUUUCAAAAAGACCGGACUGGACCGGAUCAAUUUGGGCCAAUUUAACUGGACCGGACCGUAUAGCCACCCCUACUAGACAAGCCCUUUCUUUGUAUCCGACUAUGAGUCGCUUCUUUGAUUUUCAGGCCUGGCUAGUUUCCAGGGUGUAACUGUCUAUUUUUUGAUCAAUACAUGAUAUCUUUUGACAAAAAAGAAAAAAGAGUGGGUGGGAUAUGCAGAUUGGAGAGGGACUGUGGUCUGUGAGUAAAUAGGGAAAAUAUUGGUUUAACCUUUUUAUUUAGUGAUCUGUUGUGAUUAUUUUUAGAAUAUUAUUUAAUUUUAAAUUAAAAAAAUCUGAUGUGUCAUUGACGUGGCUGUCACGUUGUUGCCAAGUCACCAUAAAUGAACAUGGGUUUGACUAUCGUCUGGUUAACUGUUAUCUCUAAUGGUCAACAAAAGAGUCAGACUACAAAUAUCACAACAAACUUGUACAUUGAGACACAGAUACGAUUGAAAUAUUAAAUGAAAUUGGGCACAAGCUAAGUAACAUUUUUACAUUGUUGCAGUGUUGUAUUAGAAUUAGUGUUUUAUUUUAUUGUUACUGAAGUUACAAUGAAAGAGAUCACUACUACUAUGGAAGUAGUACGUACCCAUAUCACUAUGCUGCCAUGUUAUCCGCUGCCACCCCUCUGACGUUUCUCCCUCCAUUUCUUCUUUCUUCACUUACCCACUCUCUCUGUCCAGAUUCACCAUCCCUAGCGUCCAAAAACAAAGGAGGCAAUCAAGAUAUUAGCAUUGUGGCCAUAUGACACAAUUAAAAGGACAGUGGGAUAUUCCCCUCAAAAAAGAAGUGAAUUGCAGAGGGUCACAUGUUACUGAGCCAUCUGACGCAUCUCCUUCCCGUCUAGUUUCAUAACCGUACCGAAUCUCAAUGUGCGGCCAUUCGCUGUCCCUCCAGCUUCGAGGUUUCACUAUAAAUAGAAAGAGCUCUGCAGCAAGCCAUUGUAUUCAACAUUCAGCAUCAUCAGUACAACACCAUAUUGCUCGAAAUUUGGAAAUAGAUCCAAGGAAAAGAUCAGAUCAGGCGUCCCCUAGAGUUCCUCUGAACACUUCACUAAUGAGCUGGGGCCGCUGGGAUUAUAGUGAUGUUGAUCUGUUCAUGAAGUGGAGAGUUAUUGGCCGGCCGGCUAGCUCGUUUCAUUACUGAAGUGUUUGGAGGAACACCCGGUGCCGCUUGGUACGUAGCAUCCAAUGGUUCUCAUAUUCUGAGGUUAGCGCUGUUCCUGGCCUGCACCUUCUUUCUUAUAUUAAGUUGUAAUUUCUUGCAUUCUAGUCCCAAUUCGAUUCUGUUGCUUCCAUCCUUUAGAACUCGCUUCAAUGUGGCUCACAGGCUUGGGAGUCGGGGAUGGUUUAUUUAGUGUGUUUCCUAGUGAAUUAUGUUGACUUAACAAAUUGUAUAUUUUCGU